GUCCUUUCUGCCUUGCUCUGAUAGCAGUCUGGUAAAUAACAUUUCCUGAUGGAUUUGUUUCAUUUGAUUUUUUCUUCCUUUGUAAGAAGGAGAAGAUAAAGCUGAACUGAUUGACACUUUGAUCUGGACCAGCCCUCCUGAAGAAUAUCCCUUCUGUAUCCCACCAUUGGUGAUGGAUGCACAGUGCAGCCUGCUUCUCUGGAAUGAGGGGGGAGUGCCAGUCUCACAGGACCAUUUAAUAUGAAGGGCCGGACUGAUUUUCAUUUGGUUGUAAUUUGAAAAAUUUAUGUGACUUCUUUUUCCUUCCUCCCACCCCCUCUAAAUUGCAGUAGGGGAAAAAAAGUGAGGAAGAGAAACAAAUUCUUGACUUUAUUUGGCUGGAGAACGUCCUCAUGAGGGAGGGAAGCUUUAGACAUUUCUUGUGAUGAAUUGCUAUGGAGGGAGCUGGUCCAAUGCCAUCUUUCCUCAGGCCAUGAAAGCAUCAGUGAGAUUUUUUUGCUGUUCUGCCAUUGUGUUUAUAAAGCUGGGUAAUCCUCCAGCUUUAGGAAAUCCACUGCUUGGGACUGUGAGAUGCUGUGGCUCCCACUGCUCAGCUGAUGAACAUGGAGAGCUUUUAAUAUCAUAUCUGAAGGUGAUUAAGCUUCUCACUUACAGCCCCACAGCUGCAUAAGUCAAGAUUCACUUGGUGGUGACUGUGGAGGAGGGAAGAGGGAAUUUCUGUUUGCCAGAGUGCAGGUGUUCCUGGGACUGGGGGAGGAUUUUAGUAAAGCAGCUACUGGCUGGUUUUAACCUCAUUCCUGUGAAAUCAAGUGAGUUCAGUUAUGAGGCCAGUGGAAACUGAGUUAAGACCAACAACGUCAAAAAUACUGCAAUUACAGCUUGUGUGGUUUUUAUUUGUUUGUGUAGAGUGUCCUUAGAGUAGAGGGUAGAGCAGCAGAGGGAGAGCAGAAUUGCUGAGGGGUGAAGGGAAGGCAAGUAUCCUUGCCUGCAAGCAAGAUACACAUUUUUGUCUAUAUGUAGAGACAGGAGGAUCUCUGUGAGGUUUUUUCUGUGUCAUUCUAAGGCCAUGUCUCAGAGGUUCACUAAUUAAGUCAUGCUCAGGCACACAAACACACUGUGUGAGCACGAACUCUUCCAUGUUCAUGCAGCACAGAAAUGGCUGUGGGAGCUGCUGUGUGCCAGCUGACCUGAGCCCAGAGCAGGGCUGAGGAGGUGCUCUGUGGGGUGUUGAGCUGCAAGCCAGGACACUGCACUUGGCAGAGCUCUUCCAGCUGGGGACAGCACAGGGAGAGGGUCUGGUUCAAUCUCCAUGCUGCCUUGUUGACUGAAGUCAACAUGCAAAAACCCCCAGGGAUUUUUGGAAAUGGUGAGCACCUCUAUGAAUCUCAGUGGAAACAGCAAGCUGGAUGGCUGCCAGGCAAGCCAGAAUCAGAUGUCUGGAAUUAGAUGAGUACAUGCAGUUCAUUUUCUUUUUGCUGCAACUCUUGUGCUGACAAAUUGUUCAGUCUGGAUGGAAAACAUGCACAGAAAGGGCAGUGCCCCCCACGCCCAGCUGAGCCAUGCCAUGAGCCACAGGCUUUCCAUGUUCAAGUCACAGCUCACACACAUGUGCAGGAAGUCUUUUACCUCAGUGAGAAAUUACUCAAAACCUACUAUUUCAGCAACUUAAUCUCACAAGAUUUGGUGUGGGCUUUUAGGCAGUUUUCUGUCUGAGGCUGGUGAAGUUAGUUGUGCAGAGGCAGGUGAAUGUGGGUCAUAAUAGAGGGCAGUAGGAGCUGGGAGAAGCACAGAGCUCUCAGGCUCCUACAAAACAGAAAAGGAACGCUUCUGACAAAGUCUUGUGAUUUUUUUUACUCCUCCAGGGAAACUACUCUUUCCUCUUCCCAUUCAGACAAUGGGCUGCCAAGUGGGAUGUUCAGGAGCCCAGGCUCCACCUUCAUCCUGGACGAGCGAGUGCAGCUAACUGUGGGCCUGCAGACCCAGGAGAGACAUCUGAUUUUGCUGAGUGAUGUGCUGGUCAUUGCCAAGUCCAAAUCCUCCUCCAGCCUGAAGCUGAAAAAGCAAGUGCAUCUGAGGGAAGUGUGGACCGGCACCUGUCUCAGUGAAGUGACAGAGAAAAAGAUGAGUCCUGAGAAUUCAUUUGUCAUUGGCUGGCCUAUCACCAACUAUGUUGUCACCUUCAGCUCGGCUGAUGUGAAGGAACGAUGGCUGUCAGCAUUGCUGUGGCAUAUCAAUCAGGUAAAACAAAAUGAGGAUCUGAAGAAUCUGACCCUUCGGAUCGCUGUGCUGGAUGAUGACAACUCUUCUUCUACUACUGCAGUCGAGGUGUCCAAUGUAGAAACUGCAGAGAGUGUGAUGAAGAAGACCCUUCUACAGCUUGAGCUCCCUGGCAGGACCAGUGAACACCACCUCUGGGUGGUCUCAGGAAAAGAUGAGCCUGCUUAUCCUCUCAUUGGGCACGAGUAUCCCUUCAGCAUUGCCUUGAGCUGUCUCCAGGACUCUGCUGACCAGCAACAAAGAACCAACAAUAACACUCUCCUGGCUGAUGGGACAGAGGCUUCCUUCCUUGCUCAGCUCCCAAAGGAAAAACAGUGUCAGUUUGUCCUGAAACCCAGACUCCAGGCUCCAAUGCAGCUGAGGAGAGAGUCACUGCAGAAACACACCAAGAGGAAGAAGUCCUUGAUUGACUGGGCUCUGCGCCGCAGCACCAGCACCCCCACGGGCAGCCCUCCCUCACAGUCACCUACCACACCACGGAAGCUCUUUGGCCUGUCCCUGUCCUCUGUCUGUCCUGAUGGAAUCCUUCCCAAGCCAAUCAUGGAUAUGCUGCUCCUCUUGUACCAUGAAGGUCCCUCUACAAGGGGCAUUUUCAGACGUUCUGCCAAUGCCAAAACUUGCAAGGAAUUGAAAGAGAAGCUGAACUCUGGAGAUGAUGUUCAGGUGGAUGGAGAGUCAGUCUUUGUGGCUGCAGCUGUCAUCACGGAUUUUCUCCGAAAUAUACCUGACAGUGUUCUAUCCUCAGACAUGCACGGACUGUGGAUGGAAGCUGUGGACACAGAAAAUCGGGCACAUAAGAUUGAAGUUAUCAAAAGACUUGUCAACCAGCUUCCAGAGGCCAACCUCAUCUUACUCAGACACCUCUUUGGAGUCCUGCAUCAUAUUGAGCAGAAUUCUGGAGUGAAUCAGAUGAAUGCCUUUAACCUGGCUCUUUGCAUAGCACCCAAUAUGCUGUGGCUACCAAGUCCCACUGGGCCUGAAGAGGAGAGCCGGUCUACAAAGAAGGUGGCCUUGUUAGUGCAGUUUCUGAUUGAAAACUCAGGAGAGAUUUUUGGGGGUGAUAUUGCUUCCUUGUUCCAAAGACCUGACAUAAAGAAGUCCAAAAACUCAGCGGAAUCUCUAGACAUAGGCUUGGCUCAGCAUGAUGAUUCCUCUGAUGAGCUGGAGUUUUCCACUUGUGAUCCAGAAGGGCCAAAGCACCACCUGGAAUCUGAGACAGAUGCCAUUUUUGAAGUACCCAGCAGCUUGUUUCUUGAUGAGGAUCAGGAAGACUGGGACUUGUUCAGCGAGAUCACAGCCUGCUACCAAAGCAAAGCCCAGACCAACGCCAGUGCAGACAGCUACGAGCUCCUGGAGGAGGACGGCUCCUUCUGUUCCAUCGGCUCCAUCCGCUCGCUCAGCCCGGCCCGGGACCGCUGCUCCUCCGAGCCCAGCGUCUGCCUCAGCUCCCAGCUGCCCGCGCAGAGCCACGAGCCCGUGGCCCGCCAGUCCAGCUGUGAUGCCACCAUCAUGAGCAGCCACACAGACUACAUCCACAGGCUCAGGCAGCUGCAGAUGGAGAGCCAGAAGCUCAUUGAUGAAGGCCUAAGCCCUGGGGUUAACAAGGCCAAGCAGAACUUGUGGCAAUCACCUCAGACCACCUCCAGGGUGAAGCAGGUCAGCCUUCAGAAGUCCAGCCUGUCCAACAGGUCCAGCUUCUCCAGCCUGUCCUCUACCACCACCUCCCCCUCUGCCUCCUCACUUAGCUCCUUAGACAGUGCUUUCUCCUACUGCUCAGAGUCAUCAGCCAUUAGUCCCACAGAUGUCUCAUCCCUGCCAUUCAUGUUUGGCACUUCUGCCAGGCUUCAUGCUGUGUCUCCCACGGCUGCCAAGAGGUCCCAAAAAGAGUGGCACAAAUCCUUCACAUCUCCUUUACAUCUGUGCAAUCUGGACAAUUUUCACGAGGGUGAACCCAAGGCUGGAGAGACCAGUCAUUGCUUUGGAGAGCAGAAAAGUUUUCCAUGUGUCAGCAGAGCUGCCAUGGGAAGCUCAUUCACUGGCAUUGACUGGGAAGAAGAGGGGAGACAGCUGAGUUGUUCAGGGUGCCCUGGCCCAGGGCUCAGGAGCCAGAAUUAUACCAAAGAGUUUGAAGAAAGCCCUGAGUUCCCAGCUGCCAGCCCAUCCAGCGAGACAUCCCCACAGGUCAGCCACCAGCAGCACAGGGAGAAGACAGUGAAGAACAUAGAAAUCAAAGGCAUUGAUGACUGCCCUCUGAGCCAGGAAAGCCUGAAGCGCACCAAGAUAACUUUUUAUGUGGCCCCAAAUAAAGAAAGCUCCCGGGGGUCUCAAGUGGGAGAAGAGGAGAGAUCUGUGACAAACACCAGCAGCAGAGACUCACCCAGCAGCAACAGUGAGCAGAGUCUGUCCAAGAACUUGCAGACUGUGAGAGUCCACAUCCCCCAGACAGUUUUCUAUGGGCAGAACACCCCCCUUGUCCUGCAGUCCUUCUCCAGGCGCUACCACCACGAACCAACAGUCCCAUCCCCGCAGGCCAAGCACAGAAAGAGCCCCCAAAGUGCCUCUGCUCCCCAGGAGCUGGAGAGACAACCAGUGGAAACGGCGCAGGCGCCAACCCAGAGCGAGGGCUCGGACACAUUCAGCCACACCAUCCAUAUCAUCCUCCCCGACUCCGUCCGGAACACCAUCAGGGACUAUUUCAAGCAGGAUGAAACCGAGCCCUGUCCCACAGCAGAGGUGGAAGCAGUGGAGAAGGAACUGCUCCGGAGCAGGGUGGAGUGGCUCAGGAGCCAGCCUGUGGCAGAGGUGGCCGCAGAGGAGCGUGACACAGCGGUGUUUGCAGAAGAGACUUUUGUCUAAGGCGAUGGUUGUGGAGGAACUAAAUAUUUUUUUUGUGUAUGUGCAACAGAAAAUAUUCUGUAAUAUAUGAUCAGGGUGUGAAGAAUUUAACAGGCUGCCUGGGGCAACAAGUGUAAAGUGACAGUAAUGUGUAUGUAAUACUCAUUUUGGUGGGAGGUGGGGGGGCUGCUCUUGUGUUUUCUUUAUGCCCUUUUCUGAUGAAAGAGACUUCACUGGCUGGGUGUGGAAUGGAGUGAAUACCACCAAACUCUCCCUGUCCUUGAAUUAGCUGAUCUGUACAGGGCCUGACUCCAUUUUUUUAAUAGCAGGAAAAGAGAAACAUUGCUUUAUUUUCUCCAGUCAGUUGCUGAUGUGGGUGGAUGACUGGACAACCAGGACAGCUAAUGCUUUUAAUAAUUAGUUAAAAAUCGUUACACUUGCACAAAACCCACCAUUAUUCACAGUUCACCACAACCAUUCAUCCAAAGGAAAAUUCUUCACCUUCAUUCCAGAAAUCACUGCUGCUUCACUCUGCUCAUCUGUUGUCUGCUCUGGUCUAGCUCACAGCCCUCAACCAUUAUUGGAUGAGGCUGGAUUCCAAAAUCAGCAGCUGGAGCCCAGAGUCCAAAGUCCAGCAUUCACUGACAGACAGCAUGUGUAACAUUUUAAGGCAAAAAUUGCUUUUUUCUGGAAUUAAUUACACAGUCAUUCUUUCUUCUCAUACCUUCCCCAAAGUUAGCAUUUGACACAGUUGCCAUAAAGGAUUUUAGUACUGUCACUUUAACAGGGCUGUGAAUGUUCUUCUGUUGUCCUCUGGGAGUAGCUCAGUAGCAAGGAGUUUCAGUCCUAGUGAAAGUUGACAAUCUUCUGUCAAUGCUGAUGCCCCUUUCUAGAGGCAGUGUAGAUGAGCCAAGUGACUAAAUUCCUAGUCAUGCUGAGAGGGACUUGAGCAGGGCUUGGUUUUAGCACGAGGUCAAGGAGUUGUGGAAGUUGUCAGGAAUGUUGUUGAGUAGAUUCUGAAGCAAAGUCACAUCUUGCCAAAAAGUUGUCACUCCUUAUACUGAAACUGUCCAGGCUUCAUCACCAACGCUGGCUCAGAGAAACACCGAGUUCCCCCUCAGCAGAGUAUGUGGCCUGUGCACUUCAGCAGAAUUAAGUUUGGGGAAUUCCAGGCAGGGAUGUGCUAAGCAGGCUGCUGGUAAGGACCACCAAAGAUGCAGCCGGUGGAGUCCUGAAGCAUCCCUCAAAGCCAUGCUCAGAAGUGCCACAGACAUAAUGGGACUUGUUAGAGGGUUGUGACACUGCCAGCUGAGCUCUAAAAAGAUGCUGAGAGCACCACAUUAGUUUGACAGGUUGUUUUAAGGAGACAAUGGGAAAGGUCUCAAGGGUUGAAAGGUUUGGGAUGGUUCAUUUGAAAGUUACAUGAGAGUUUUCUAUGGUGGUAUCUGUCAGAGAGACAAUCCUUUUACUCAGUGAACAGUGAAUGGGUGAAGGAAAAGAGAAAUACAUUAAUCCUAAUGACUGAAAGGUUGUGCUUGUGCAAUAAGUAUCCCUGCAAGCUGCUGAGUGUCUGCAAAUAGCCAGAGUUGGAGCUGCAUGACAGCUGCCAUGGUUCAGCCCUCACAUAGAGGGGAAAGCCACCUCUGUAGAAUUAUCUAGUGUCAGCUCCCUCCACUUAUCUGCCAGGUGCCUGUGAGGGUCAGUGACAGGAACCUGGCCCAGCACUCCGAAUUCACAUCAUCAAAUACUAGGGCAAGGGAACCCAGGGGGAAGCCCAGAGCCCACUUUCCAAGGUGUAUACAGUUUGUUUUGUUAGAUGAAGGGUGUUUACCUCUCAGAUGUGGCACUCUGUCCCAGAUCACCUUUGUGGCCCUUGUAUAAUGAAAGGUGUAUAUAAUCAUAACACAAAUCCACCACCAACAUAAUUUUCCUCACACAUGAACAGCAAUAAAGCAUCCACAGUCUUUUUUUCCAGAGCUAAAGUUGUAACUGUUUUAAUAAAAGACACAAAAGUUGU